AAGACAUAAAAAUAUGUAAAUGUCAAGAACGGAUAAUUUUCAAUUAUGAUGAUAAUUACGAAAAUCUUUCAUGUCUUCAAGAACCUAUUGAAUUAUUUAAAUUGAAUUAUUUGGGAAAAUCUGAAGAAAUUGGAAAAUGGGGUUCAGAUUUAAAAAAAAAUCCAAAAAUUUCGAAAAAUGAGUGUCAUUUUCAAAUGAGAAAUGAAAAAAGAAGAAUAUUUUUUCCAAAUAGCAUUUGUAGUGAUGAUUUCGAUAAUCUGAAUCGUUUUCAUGAAAUUAGAAAUCAGGGGUUUUCUACACUGUGCAGAAAAAUGAUGAGAUGGACCAAUUGUGUAACAAAAACAUUAAAUAAGACAAAAAAAUUUCCCCACGUGGUUGUUCAUUUACCAUCAUUUGCUUGUCCUAAUGAAUUCAGAUGUCGGGCAGAAAAAACGUAUCAAUCUUUACAGAAUAUUCAAAUUGGACGUUUAGGAUGGUUGGAAAAUAAAGCUUCGCAAGUACUUUAUAUUUGUCCUGAUGACACGAAUUUGAAUAUUUCUUUAAUUCAAAAAUUAGUAACUCUUGUAAGACCUGAUGUUAAUUUCGAUAAUUUGUGGAUAAUUAAAACAGAGGAAAACAAUCUAAAAGGAAACUGUAUGAGUGGUUGUGAAAAUUUCUUCUUCACUCCAGCGACUUAUCGUAGAGUGAGAUAUUUAACAGCAGGACGUCAAGCUUUUAUAGUGCCAGGAAUUUUAAGCGAAAUGGACAUUCUUGUUGCUAGUGAAUUAAAAAUGGCUAUUUUUGGUCCGUGUCUGACUUUUCAAAAUAGAUUGCUAAAUAAAAAUUAUACAAUGAAUGUUCUUUAUGAGGCAAAAAUCAAACAACCACCCUUUAUGGGAGUUAUUAAUUUUAAAGAACUCUGUUCAAAUUUAGCAAAAAUGAUUUUAACUCAUCCUCUGUAUAAAUUAUGGUUUAUUAAAAUAAAUUUCGGUCAUUAUGGUCAUCAAACGGCACUAUAUCGAAUUAAUAAAGAAUUGAGAGAAAAAAUUAAUAAUUUUUUGCUCAGUGAGAAAGAAUUGGAAAGUAUUCUUGCAGUUUUAUUGUACAAGGACAUUCAAUGCAAUAAAGAAAUUUAUAAAAAAUCUAAACAUUUUUUUGACGACUUGGAAAUUUAUGGUGGAAUUUUACAAGCGUGUCCCAAUGGAGAAUAUCAUGUAAUUAGUGUGGGGCUUUUAAAUGAACACGACACAGCUGAACCGCUUUUGAUUGCAACUGCUGAUGUGAUAAAACUUAAAAAUAAUAUCAUUACAAAUGUUGGUUAUAUUAUACCACAAUCAAAAAUACCACAAGAAAAUAUUGAAAAAUUAUCAAAACAAAUAGGAGAAAUUAUUCUUCAAGAGCAAUAUAUUGGAUUUUAUGGCAUUGACAUUAUUGCCUUCGAAAAUGAAGAAAAGGUUCAAGAAUUGUGGGUUGUUAAUGUAAAUCCCUACUAUACAGACUUAUUAUCAUUCAAUGAUUGGAAAUUAUUUUGUUCUAAACAAUGUUCUUGUUGUCCUUCAACAAAAGUGGAAAAAAAUUAUGCCGUUUGCAGUGGAAAAUUAUACACUUCCGGUUUAUCAAAAUAUUGUGGUGAAGAGUUUAUUGCUUGUUGCAAAACAUACUACGAUCAUAAGGUAUAUUAA